AUGUUGUUUACGUCUAAAGAGAAACAGCAGCCAUCACGUGAUGAAUCAGAUUUUAAAGACCCACACCUAGUUAUCAGCCAAAAUAAAAGGAAAUCACCUCCACUUGUAACAGCCAAAGUUGUACAACAUCAGGAGAAGAAAGCUAGAGCAGAUGUGGCCAGCCCUCAAGCAAUUAAGACAAAAGUUAAAGUCAAGAAACUGGAGAACAGAAAAGCAAAGAAGGGAGUUCAUGUGGGUAUUCCAACACAACCAAGGCGAAUACAUAUUCGUACGUCACCAAAUUUAUUAUUCUCCACAAUGUACGGUGUGACGAAUGGACAGAAGGAGUAUUUAUCAUUCAUUGGAUUUGGUCCCCUUUUAAAUAUAAAAGUAGAUGGGUCGGCAUCACGAAUUGGGUACUAUGUGGUCAAUAACUUUGACCCUGAACGCAUGGUAUUGAAUGUCGAUCGGGGUGAGAUACCAAUCACUAGGCAAUUGAUACAUGACAUGUUGGGUCUCCCUGUGGGAAAUAUCAAUAUCAAUUCAGUAAAGUUCACAGCCGCUGAAGACAAAACUAUUGAUUUGUGGUCUGCACAGUUCAAUUCAGAAAAUGAUAUUAGGCCCAAAGGCGUACAAAGGGCGAUAAAGAGAUUAAAAGAUGUUGGGUUAUUGUUUAAAGUCAAUUUUUUGGUUCUUAUUUGUAACACCCUUAGACAAUCCAAGAGCAUGGGCACAUGUGAUGUAUCAAUGCUUUCAAGGGUUUCAGAGGAUUUUGAUUUAAGUGACAUAGAUUGGUGUUCAUACGUGUUAGAGUGUUUGAAAAAUACAAAACAUGCAUGGAAUUCGAUGAGCGAUACAUCUUACUAUGUUGGCCCUAUUGUCCUAUUGACACUUAUAUACCUGGAGCAUGUUUCAUGUGAUGCGGUUACGAUCGAUCGUGGAAGACCUGCUAUAUGUUUAUGGGAUGUGGAAACCAUGCGGUUACGUGAGGAGUAUGAAAUCAGAAAUGGUGGAAUUGGUUCUGGUGAACUUCAGGAUCCUUACAUACCACAGGAUGACAAUGCUGAAAAUGUCAACUCGGCGAAUGGAUCAGUUGAGGAAUACCUUUCCACCAUUGAAAGUAUGUUCACCAAGCUAGUUGAGGAUAAUAAUUUGAUGGACUCAAAACUUGUAGAAACAAUCGAAAGACAUCCUCUUGUUUGUGAUUUCUACGAAUGGAAAGCCAAGAUCAGAAUCUUCCAUAAUGAAGCAUCCGCGAAAUAUGGAGGUGGCAGUUCUACUGAUGCAGGCAGCAUUGGACCUUUAUCCCAAUGGUGGUCAGACAACGCAGAACAGAUUAACAGGUCAUGUCAAAUGGUUGAACACUCUGUUAAAUCGUUCCACAAUUCACCUUUUCCAAACUUUAGCAUCGAGAUGACACAAGAGUUUGCUGAUAUCAUUAGCAAUUUACCACUGAAAGAUAUCAUGAAAACUCCAAAAGACCAUUGUCUAAGUCCUCUUCCAUUAUCAAUUGUUCCUAUUCACAGUGAUGAUGUUCCUGUCCGCGCAAGAGAGUUAAGGCCAAGAAAUAAGCUCCCUGUACUACGUUCUCCGUUCAUUGUACGGGCAAUUGAUAUAACCAAACGUAUAUCACGUGCUCAGAAGGACCUAUCUGAAUGGGUUUUCUCAACACAAGGUCACCCAAGUGACGAACUUUUUAGGACUUGUGCUGGUGUAGCUGUUGAACGCUUUCACAUGGAAAGCUUUUUCCCCAUAUGUGAACUUUUUGGACACGUACUAGAUUGUGGGAGUCAUCUGUUAAAUUUCGAUGAAGAUUUGCGUUCCAAUUUAUCUCCUCGCAUACUAUUUGCCACUACCACGUUGACGCUAUUCAUGCCAUUCGUUCGUGAAUUUCAUAUUUUCCUUGUCGUACUCGACUUUCAACAACCAGCCUUUUGGAUCAUUGACAACAUCAAAAGAGAUGUCGACACAUAUGGUUUACUACCAGACGUCAUUCAUUCAUACAUGAGUAAAUAUCUGCGGUCUGUUCACCAUCCAAACGCUAAAGCCUUUUCACAUGUCCCAGGACAAAUCCCCCAACUUUCUUGGUCAACAGUACACAAUAGCACUGACUGUGGUAUUUUUACUAUGCGUCACAUGGAGACGUUCAUGGGUGGAAACAUUAGAGAUUUCAAAACUGGAUUCAAGCCAGAGUCGCUUGCACAGGACAACCAAUUAUCUAGACUACGGGUCAUAUAUCUUUGCAAAAUAAUAAAUUCUGACUACAAACUGCUUAAGGAUUCAAUCCUUCAUCAGGUAGCGGAAUUCCAAAAGCUGAAUGCAGCUAACCGAAAACAACUACUGAAGGAUGCUGCAAACCAGGAUACAUGA